UCUUGUCACUCCCCUGCCCACCCAUCCCAUCCCCUCUCUCUCUCCCCCCUCCCUUUCUCCGGUGGAUUUAUCAGAAGCUUCAGCUGAUAAAAAGUCCACACCAGCAUUCCUCAUUCUGCUCCACAUUCUCCACUGUGUCUCUUUUGUGGAAUCAGUGAUGGGGAAGUCUGCCAUUUCAGUGGCUCCUCUGCUCUUCCUGCUCUGUUUCUCUUCCCCCUGGCUGGCGAGCGCAGGGCAUGAUUAUAGGCAAGCCCUGAGCAAGAGCAUCCUCUUCUUCGAAGCCCAGAGAUCGGGUUACCUACCAAGGAACCAGAGGCUGUCUUGGAGGGGCAACUCCGGCCUCUAUGACGGCAAAGCCAGUGGUGUGGAUCUGGUGGGAGGGUACUACGACGCGGGGGACAACGUGAAGUUCGGGCUGCCAAUGGCGUUCACGGUGACGAUGAUGUCGUGGAGCAUACUGGAGUACGGGAAGCAAAUGGCUUCCAAUGGGGAGCUGGGGCAUGCCAUGGAAGCCGUUAAAUGGGGCACUGACUACUUCAUCAAAGCCCACCCCAGACCGUACGUCCUCUAUGGAGAGGUGGGGGACGGGAACAGUGACCACUACUGCUGGCAGAGGCCCGAGGACAUGACCACCGACAGGAGGGCUUACCGGAUCGACCCGAACAACCCCGGGUCGGACCUUGCCGGAGAGACCGCCGCCGCCAUGGCUGCCGCCUCCAUUGUCUUCCGCCGCUCCAACCCCGCCUACUCCGCUCAGCUCCUCAAUCACGCCCGACAGCUGUUCGAGUUUGCAGACAAAUAUAGAGGGAAAUACGACAGCAGCAUCACGGUGGCCCAAAAGUACUAUCGAUCCAUCAGUGGCUACAAUGAUGAGUUGCUGUGGGCUGCAGCUUGGUUGUACAAAGCAACGAACAAUCAAUACUACUUGAAUUAUUUGGGAAAGAACGGGGAUGCGUUGGGUGGGACUGGCUGGUCCAUAACCGAGUUCAGCUGGGAUGUGAAAUAUGCCGGUGUUCAGACUCUUGUAGCCAAGAUCCUAAUGCAAGGAAGGGCGGGUCAUUUUGCCCCGGUAUUCGAGAAGUAUCAACAGAAGGCAGAGUACUUCAUGUGCUCGUGCAUCGGAAAGAACAUGAGGAAUGUGCAGAGGACCCCCGGCGGGCUCCUCUUCCGCCAGAGAUGGAACAACCUGCAGUUCGUGACUAGCGCUUCUUUCCUGAUGACUGUCUACUCUGACUACCUCGCUUCUUCUGGACGGAGCUUGCGUUGCGCCUCCGGGAACGUUCCAGCUUCUGCUCUUCUGUCAUUUGCGAAAUCCCAGGUGGACUAUAUCCUCGGUGAUAACCCAAGAGCUACAAGUUACAUGGUCGGAUAUGGAACCAACUAUCCUAGGCAAGUCCACCACCGUGGCUCUUCCAUCAUCUCCAUAAAGGUCAAUCCUUCAUUUGUAAGCUGCCGAGGAGGCUACGCCACCUGGUACAGCCGAAAAGCAAGUGACCCCAAUCUCCUUAGUGGCGCUGUAGUUGGCGGGCCGGAUGCCUAUGACAACUUUGCUGAUCAGAGAGACAAUUACGAGCAGACCGAGCCUGCAACCUAUAACAAUGCACCUCUUUUGGGUGUACUGGCACGCUUAAGUGGUGGUCGAGGCAGUUUCAACCAACUCCUUCCAGAAGUGGUUCCCGCUCCCAAGCAAACCUUCACUCGACCCCGACCAACACCUGCUCCAGCAAUGUCCACGAAUGUGAUUUCUGUACAGCAGAAGCUGACUGCUUCCUGGAAUGCCAAGGGCAGGACAUACUACCGAUACUCGACAAUUGUGACGAACAAAUCCAGUAAAACUCUCAAAGACCUCAAGCUCUCAAUAUCAAAGCUUUAUGGUCCCUUGUGGGGACUCACCAAAUACCAGAACUCCUACACUUUCCCGUCAUGGAUCCAAUCUCUACCCGCCGGGAAGACGCUCGCGUUCGUCUACGUCCACUCUUCUCCUCAGGCAGACGUCUCAGUCUCUAGCUACAAGUUGGACUAAAGAUACGAAGCUACUCAAGCACGAGUACAAGAUACGAAUGUGAAGUCACGUAGACAGAGAACAUUAAAGAUCAACCCCAUUGGGUUGGUUCAGAUUGCAAGGUGUGAGAAUUGUGCAGCUCUAAUACAUAGUAUGGAAGUUCCAAGUCUCUUUCUCAGUGGAGUCGAGUUUAGGCGGUUUUAGACGGUGGAGUUUGGAAUAAGGCCGGUCGAAGCUCUGGAGGAAGAAAGGAGUGGAGACGAUCUGCAAGAAAGGAGUGCUCAUCCUCUUUCUUCCCCUCUCCAACGUCAUCAUAUAUAUAUAUGCGUGUCUGAUAGUAAUAUAUACAUAUAUAGAAAGACACAGAGAGUGAAGUUGUUGUGUUGAGAGAAGUGACAAAAAUCAGCUUCUCCAUUGAUAGGGUUCCAGAGUUCAUUUGUAGUUCUCAGAGGGUUUUCCAUCCUUUCUUUUGUGCUCCUGCGAUGUUGUAAGCUCUGCAACAAACUUUCUUGUUUAUAUAAUCGAACAAUUUCCGUUCGAUUUGUGUUGGCUAA